CAGGAAAUCAAUGUAUUUCUCUUAAUGUUACCAAAUGGUCGGCAUAACAACCAUUACAGUUCAGGACUGCAUUGGUUAGAAAAAGCUUUUGGGAAAGGAUCACUUGAUUAUGUAAUGACAGUUGUGACUCAUAAGUCAGGUGAAACAUGUGAAAGUGCCCUGACAAACCUGAGAGCAAACAGCUGUUUAGUUGAAAAAAGAUUCCACACAUGUACAAGAAGUAUGAUGGAUGAAAGAGAGAUAAUACCUCUGCUGAAAAAAAUAGACGUCAUGGUUUCUGAAAAUGAUCACAACUGCUACAGUGGAGUGAUGUGUGAUGAAAAAGAAGAGCAGAAUGAAAAUAAAGGGCAGCUGGACCACAAAGAAGAAACAAUGGAUUCCUCAGUGUUCCAGCAAAAUCAAAGAGGUGAUCAAGGGGAUGUACCUGCUGAUGAACAAUCAAAAAACACAACAGUGGGAGGAGAAUCUGAAACCAAGCCCGUACAUUCUGAAACAACUGAUGAUGGUACCUCAGAUAUGGAUACAAGUGGAAACAAGGAGCAGCCAGUGGAGAUUUUUGAAGAGAUCAACAAGGAAAAAAAGAUAGAAAUUGAAACACUGUUUGACAGACUUCACCUUCAAGACAAACAGAAGUUAACACCAGCAGAUUUUCUUAAAAUAGGUCCACCUGUAAAACAGGACCAUGACACAUGUGAGAAAGAUCUUGCUCAUACUUUUCUUCAGCGGUUGUUGAUGUUAGACUACAGAGCCAGAUACAUUCCUGUAAGACAAGACAGUCCUGAGGUGAGUCAUUCAAAGCCUGAUCUAGUGUUUGAAACUACUGAGACAGAUGACAACGACUUAGAUGCUCUCUUUAACCCAACUGUAGAAGAUAAUCAAUCAAAACAGACUCAUGUGCAUCCAAUGGAUGUUCAAAUGGCAGUAUUUCACUGCUCAGACAGCUUUUUUAAGCAGAACAUGAUUACAAAGCUAUCACAAUGUCAGUACGCCUUACCAUUGCUUGUUCCUGACCCAGUCACAAUGGAUAUUGAUUGUCCUCUGUGGACAUUCAGACAAAUAAGAAAAAGCUGGAAGAUAACCAAAAUUAAAGAUAAUUCAAACAUUGUCACCAUGAAGAGUUCACCCAUCUGCAAAGCUGAGACACCCAUGGUGUCAUUUCUCCGCCUGGGUUCACUAUCUCUGUCUAAAUCUCAGCUGAUGAACACUUUGAUCAACGACCGUCACAACACCUUCUUCCACAGAAACUGUCCAGGUAGCACCAAGUCUCGUCAUCUGAUGGAUGGUGUGGCAGAGAUUGCCUGGUACUGCCCUGCUGGAAAACCUAAAGAAGCCUUCACUGACUGCAUUGCCUUCUGUAAUCUUCAUGGUGAUGCCCUGUCAAUUGAAAAACAGCGUGAAAUACUGAUGGAAAAAUCUUCAGUCAAUGUUGUUCUUGUACCGAGUCUGGAAAAAGGUGAAAAAAGUUCUGACAUUAUCUCAGACCUAUACAGGUCUCCAAAGCCUCUCAUUAUUCUUAUUGCUGAUAGUAAUUGUGGUGCAGUUCAGAUGAAAGCUACAAACUACAAAAUUGGACUAAAGGACAGAAGCCUGUCAGAUGUGUCUGAAGAGCUGAAUAAAGUCAUUGGAAUAAUCUUGUCUGGAAAACAUGUAUCCUUCCAACUUGAAACCAUGGCUCUAAAAUCAAAGCGCUCUAAAAUCAGAGUGGAUGAAGAUGACGAAGUCUGUAAAAAAGGGAAAUCUGAUGCAAUGGAAGUUGUAAACUUACUUAAGGGGAUGGAAGUUUCAAAGAUUAAAGAUGCAUUUUUCCCUUGUCAAGGCCAACUGUGGCAUAAGUGGUGCAGAAUAAACAAAGAACUGCAUAACCUCAAAGGAGACAUUGAGAAGGAGAAAUGUCAAAAGCAACAGGAACUGAUGCAAAUACGACGAGAUCAAUGCAAAGUUUCUUGUAGUGAACCGAUGAAGUUGUUCAUUGAAAGCCUAUCAUCUUUGCCAUCAACAGAGUAUUUUCUGAAGUGGACUCAGAUCUUAAUAGACGCCCUUUCCACAGAUGAUCUUACUUCAAUUCUCCAAAGCUAUGAUGAAAAGUGGUCUGAGGUCUUGGCUUUAAAGAAGAAGCAUGACAAAUCUGAUGAGUUAAAAGGAAAGAAAACCGAGCUUGCUCAAAUAUCAACAAAGUUACAGUCAGCUACUUUUGGCUUGGAGCACAUCUUUAGAGAAAUGGGACAGAUCUAUGAAGCACAUGCAUCUCUGCAGAAACACACAAAGAGGGGACAGCCUGACUGGUCUAAAUACCCUGAGCUGGCAGCAGAGCUGAUGAUAUCAGGACACCCAAUGGAGCUGAUGGAUGGUGAUGCACGUCAUGUUCCUUUGACUUGGAUCUGUAGUCUUUUAGAUGAAGUCAUAAAGAAACUGGGCGACAAGAGAGUUUUUGUUUUGUCUGUUUUAGGCGUACAAAGCAGUGGAAAAUCUACAAUGCUGAAUGCCAUGUUUGGGUUACAGUUUGCAGUGAGUGCUGGCAGGUGCACCAAGGGUGCCUUCAUGCAGCUGGUCAAAGUGUCAGAGGAGAUCAAGAACGACUUUCAGUUUGACUAUGUUCUAGUGGUGGACACUGAAGGACUGCGUGCUCUUGAGUUGGAAGGUAACGCCACCCUUCACCACGACAAUGAACUGGCAACAUUUGUUGUUGGUCUGGGAAACAUGACACUCAUCAACAUCUUUGGAGAGAAUCCAGCUGAGAUGCAAGAUGUUCUGCAGAUUGUUGUUCAGGCGUUUAUGAGGAUGAAGAAAGUUAACCUUUCUCCAAGUUGUGUGUUUGUUCACCAGAAUGUUACAGAUAUUGCAGCUGCAGAGAAAAACAUGGAUGGAAAGAAACGGCUUCAAGAAAAACUGGACCAGAUGGCCCAACUAGCAGCCAAAGAGGAGGUCUGUGAUGCUGAGUGUUUCAGUGACGUCAUUGCAUUUGAUGUGCAGAAAGAUGUGAAAUACUUUGCCCAACUAUGGGAGGGAAGUCCACCUAUGGCUCCUCCAAAUCCAGGUUACAGUGAGAGCAUCCAAGAGCUGAAGACCUUCAUCCUCUCUAAAGCUUCACAGUCUGAUGGGAUUACUCUCUCAAAAUUCAAAAGCAAAAUUCAUGACCUGUGGAAAGCCUUGAUGAAUGAAAACUUUGUUUUCAGUUUCAAAAACACACUUGAAAUUGCAGUGUACAGAAAACUUGAGGUCCAGUAUUGGAACUGGACCUGGACCCUGAGGAGCAACAUGUUGACCAUUGAGAACGGACUUCAUACCAGAAUUGAAAAUGGAAAACUUGAUAAGAUAGAGCUCAAUAAUCUUCAUAAAGUAAUGAGCAAAACCUAUGAAAAAAUCAAAAAAGCAAUGACAACAUACUUUGAUGACGACAGAGACAAAGAAAUGUUGGUUCAGUGGCGAGGACGAUUUGAAAACAAAAUCAAGGAGUUUCAUGAUGAACAAGUGAGAGGAGUUAAAAGAAAACUGAAUGAAGUCAUCCAGCAGAAGAAUGCCUGUAAAAAGCUGGAUGAUAAGAAGACAGAGUUUGAGAACAAGUUGCUACAAAAGAGCAAAGAGCUCGCUCAUCAGUUAAAGGACAAGGCAAAAGAUGAAGAGGAACUUGAGAAGUACUUCAACUUUGUCUGGAGUGGCUGGGUUAGGGAACUAACUGCAGAUACAAAACCUAUUGAGGACAUCAACUAUGAAGAAGAUCAGUCAACUAUUCUUCAGGAGCUUGGUUUUGAAUGGCGUCUAAUAGAUGAAUCCAAAACAAGUGGCACAUUCAAAAAAAUAUCAGAGGUUGGUGAUUACAGUCAUUAUGUAUCUCUGACAAAGCACCAAGAGCUGUGUAACACAGGCCAACAAUCUCAAAGUCAUGAGAAGACUAAAAAACUAAAAAACAAAAACAUACAAAAGAAUAAAGGAAAGGGCACAAAACAACAGAGAACAUGUCCAGACCAAGAAACAGAAACAUUGCCUUCAAAAUCAGCUACACUAGUUUCAAAAACAGUUGCAUUAUUUUCAGAAACAACUACAAAAGCAACGUAUUACAUUAAGGGAUACUUUGGGUAUGAAGAACAGCAACUGAUCAGAUCCCUUAUUGACGAUGUUGAAAAACAGUCCCUUGAUUCCAUUAAGAGCAAACCUGUCACUACACGAGGCUACAGUCCAACUUACUUGAGAGAAGUUGCCAACAAAGUGAAAGAAAACGUGAAAGAAUUUGAAUCAAAGAGGAAAUAUGCUCUAAAGAAGGUGUUUACAGUUGAUCUGAUACUGUAUGUGUUUCACAGAGCAGAGAGUUGGCUUUCAGAGUCCCACAAGAAAUUUAAAGGAAACAACGAUGCACUCAGUUACGUAGAAAGCAAGAAAAUGCAAUAUUACAACAUCUUCAGAAGCUUCUGCAAAGGAAACUCAUCUGCUGUUGUGCUUGGAGAACUGAUCUGUGAAAAACUGAAGGUUUCCACUGUUGAGGCUGUCUGUAACAAGACUGCAAUUGAUCUUGCUGACGAGAUGAAGUGCACUUUCCCAGCAUUCAGUGGGAACAGGCUGAACUUGGAGAAACAUGUGUUAAAGUCACUGGCUGAGAAAGAAGACUUUGAUGGUUUUAUCACCUACAUCCGACGCCCAAGGAACCAAGUAGAGGCCUUUAUAAAAGAGGAAGUACAGAAAUACAUCUUCACAGACAACAAAGAUAAAGCACAAAAUAUACUCAAGAAAAAUGUUGAAGGCAUCAAAAACCUUCUCAGUCAAGCUUUAUAUGAUGCUACAGAGAAAGUAGAAACGCAAAAAGGAGACACAAACAUGUGGGUAAAGGAAUUUUCAAGUUUGCUAAAAAAGGAGCUAACAUUCAACACCAUCUGCUGUCAAAACUUCAGUGACAUAAACAAUUUUGACUUUCUUAAAGAGGAGACAGAGAAAGGUCUUGUAUCUGUCAUAGAGGAAGUGAGCAGCCUCUCACUGGAUAAGAUGAAGGAAUUCAGGAUGAAGCCUGAUCAAAUCCUCAUUGAUCAGCUGUGUAACUGUUGCUGGGUAACGUGUCCAUUCUGUGCAGCUGUUUGUACCAACACCAUAGCAGAUCACAGUCCUGAGAAACACAAUGUCCCUUUCCAUCGGUCCUCUGGGAUUAACGGAUGGCACACUAGAGGCACAUUAAAUCUGGUCAUCACUUUCUGCACAACAUCAGUUGCAAGUGAUAGACGUUUCUACCCUCAGCAUGAUUCAGAUAAGACCGUUCCUUAUAAAGAAUAUCAAAAGGCUGGGAAGAAGUAUGCCACAUGGCAGAUUACUCCUAAUGAGUCUAAGCUGACAUACUGGAAAUGGUUUGUCUGUCGAUUUCAAGAGCAACUGGAAAACCACUAUAAAUUAAAAUUCCAGGGAAGAGGAGAAAUUCCCAGUGAGUGGAGAAACUACAGUAAACAAGAAGCUAUUGAAAGUCUGGAUGAAAUGUACAAUCUGUGAGUGAGCCA